UUAAAAAGAAUUUAGCUACCUUAGAUUAUAAUAAAGAAGUUAUAGGAAUAGAAUUUAAAAGUGAUAAUAAGAUUAUUAUGUUAGACUAUUCAACUCCUGAUAUUGAAAGUAGUAAGGAAGAAAUAUUUAAGAAUAUUGGAAAUCAUGAUAAAAGAUUUAGUUGGAUAUUAAUUUGA